GAACGAAAGUAAACAUGGCGGCGGCGGAGAAAUCGACGAAGGAGAGACUACUGUCUGUGCUGGAUGAUUUGGAGGUUUUAUCCAGGGAGCUGAUAGAGAUGCUGGCCCUGUCCAGGAGUCAGAAAAUGCCUCAACCUGGAGAGGACACGCAGAUCCUGGAGCUGUUGGUGCAGAGGGACAAGGAGUUUCAGGAGCUGAUGGAGGUGGCCCAGCAGCAGGGGAAGGUUCACCAGGAAAUGCAACUGCUGGAGAAGGAAGUGGAGAAGAGAGAUAGUGACAUCCAGCAGCUCCAGAAACAACUGAAGGAAGCAGAACACAUCCUGGCCACUGCUGUUUACCAGGCAAAAGAGAAACUGAAAUCCAUCGAAAGAGCCAGGAAAGGAAGCAUCUCAUCAGAAGAAAUCAUCAAGUAUGCUCACAGAAUCAGUGCCAGUAACGCUGUGUGUGCUCCUCUCAACUGGGUGCCAGGUGAUCCACGCAGACCGUACCCUACCGACCUGGAAAUGCGUAGCGGGAUGCUUGGUCACAUGGCCAACCUGUCCACCAAUGGUGUGAACGGUCAUCUGCCAGGAGACGCGUUAGCUGCUGGGAGGUUACCAGACGUCUUGACGCCUCAUUACCCGUGGCAGUCGUCUGAUGUCUCAGUGGGGAUGCUGCCCCCUCACCAUGGCAAUGAUUUUGGCCUGGAGCCUCCGGGUCACAACAAGGAGAACGAAGAUGAUGUAGAGGCCAUGUCCACAGAUUCCUCCAGCAGCAGUAGUGACUCCGACUAAAAGCGUGUCUCAGAGUCAAGAAAUGAGACGUGUGUGUGUGUGCGCGCGUGUCUGUUUGUUCGACUUAGAGCUCACCAGCGAGCAACAUCUGAGCAGGCAUCUUCAGCUUCAGUCAUUUAUUGUGCCUCUGAGAAAUUGUUUUUUUUAAAUUUACCCUUUUUGAAUAUUAGUGAGUUUAUGGUGUUAGUAGGUGGAUUAUGUUCCCUUUGGACAGAACCAGGCUAACUGGCGUUAUUAUACAGUUCAGUGAAACUACUGUAUAAACUAGAACUAGCAAAAAUGAACGUGUCAUUCUGGACUCCUACAUGAAAGGAGACAGACCAAAGAAUAUCCUUCAGAAAACAAAGACAAUAAUUUGCCUUCUUUUGCUCUUUGGUGACACCGUGUGUGUGAGAGACUCGAUGUCUAAUUUUAGUUGGUCACGGUCAGAAUGUUUGCAGCGUAGUGUAAGUUGUGUAAAUAUGUCUGUAAAUACUCAGUCUUGUAAAUAAAUACUUUUUGAAUACAA